GUUGGCCGUAUGCUAGGCUGGAUCGUUCGUAGUCGUCGUCGUCGUCGUCGUCGUCGUCGCCUCGCCAGUUUGUCGUCGUUGGCCGUCGCAGUCGUCGUCAUAAUCGUGGCGUGUGUGAAUACGCGACGUGCGUUAUUUUUUCUUUUUUUUUCUCAUUUCUAUCGGUUUUUGCUGUUGGUGCACGGUGCAAUUUAUCCUAUUUGGUAUCGGGUGACGCGAUUAGAUUAGGAGUGUCGACCCUAAUUUGGAAUCGAAUGCACAAUUUGACAGUUGGUGAACUACGGAAUCUUGCCACGCUUUUUUUUUUGCGCUGCCGUGGGAUCACUUGCUCGAAUUUGUUCGCUGACAGCUGUGCAGUGUGGCUUUCGGUUAUGGUUAUUUGUCGAAGGAUUCCCGUUACUUUUUCGGAAUUGGCUACAGCUGCUGUUCCGUGAGAAAUCGCAAAUCUCCUGCCGACGAAAGGUUUAUCGCAGUUGUUGUUGUUCGGCAGGGUGUUAAAUCAUACACUAAUGCUCCGCUUAGAGUGUGUUUUUGGGGUGGCCCGUUUGUCACGGUCGCCGGCGGCUUAGUCAAAGCGUCGAGUGGUGUAGUGUUUUCAGACUAUGUUGUCUUGUUAGCAACAAAGCAACGUGAUAAAGAACCCAACUCCCCUCUCUCUCUCUACCCCUUUCCCCGUGUUGCAGUCGAAGUCCAAUAUUUUGCUAGUGCUAGUGGCAGCAUGUAGUCUGCAAUGUUGGAAUGUUCUACGAUAAUAAUACACACGUGAAAACGAAGGGGUAACCGGUUGGAAGCAAUCUUGUGUUUUGUUUGUUUAGGUUAUACCUGGACUAGAUUACCACUGCAAACAAGCGAGAAACAAGCCAGUGGACAAGGGUCACAACAUUACGAUUAGUGACGAUGAUGGCGACGAAGAACACCCGCAGCGGAAAUCGUAACGUAGCAAAGCAAAAAAAAGGUACGUCGAUUGAGAACGCUGCACAGAAAAAAGGCCUGCCUCAGCCAAAUCAGAGUAGCAAAAUAUUGACUUCCAGGGCUGGCCAUUUUAUUGUUACUGUUAAUGAUGAUGAUAAUGAUGAUGAUAAUGAUGAUGAUAAUGAUGAUGAUGGUGCUAUAGUAAUACAAAAUGGUCUCGAAAGCUUAGUGUGAUAUAUGAUAAAGCGAUCGAGGUGAGAGGAAGAGUAAAAUAGCAGUACGGUUAUCGUAAUUGACCCACUUUGUAAAGUGCAUAACAACAAAGGUAGCAACAAAACUACCCACGACGAACGCGGUGCGUUCCAGAGGAGUAAUUUCCUAAUUGAUCCUCUCCAUCCUGAUUUCCUUGUUACGAGCGCCGAAGAAGAGGUUGUUUUUCGACACUAGGAAGCAGUUCUACUUCAACAACACUCGACUGGGGGUGAGAAAGUGUUUAACGUGCAAAGUUGUUCAGUGUCAAAAAGGAAAAGUUUAUCCCGAAACAAGUUAUUCUCUAAAGGGGGUUUUGUGUUAGGAGAGAAGGCCACAGCGGCAACAUGAUUGUCGUAAUGGAGGAGAUUAAUAGUGGCACUUCCGGCAGCACGAGAGGUAACGAGGCGGAAGCACCCGGCAUGGAGAUACAGGUGGGAGGCCAGCAAAACGGAAACGACACCGAAGUAACCACGGAAGAUGCGCAAGAACAGCAAGAGUCGUCUUCGUCGUCAGGUGGCACGUCCAACAGUUCGGGACGGUACGGUCAUCGGCAAUCGUCACUAGCGUUAACACCUGAGGAGGAACCUCUCGACACAUACCCUAGAUUAAUAUCGGAUUUAAAAUUUCCCAACCUGUUGCCACCCAACCCACCGAUCAAGAUUUUAAUAGCAUUUUGCAAAAAUGACCCCGUGUUCGAGGCGCUGGUCAGCGCCAGCCAUCGGCUUAACUUCGAGCCGACCUUCGUCAAAUCGCCCGAAGCCGCCCUCGAGGCAUUCCAGAAUGCGACCAGCGGCGGCCAUCACAUCGUCAUCGUCGAUGCCCGACAUCCUCGGAUCAUCGAAGCGGACGCCCUCGGGAGGUCUAUACGAAACUCGAAAGGAAGUCAGCAUACCACAAUGGUUGCAGUAGUGAAAAAAAGUGUAUUCGAAAAGGACGAUACGGCUGUAAUGUCAUUGCUGGAUGUUGGCUUCAACCGGUGCAUAAUAGAAUCACCACACGUAUCCAUUUGCUCUUCGGAACUGCGACAGAUUCAACACUCGCUGGUCCGGCCGCAGAAUGUGAUAUCCACGCAACAGGCUUUAUACACAGCUCUCCAUCGUUCACGGGAAGCGAUCAUUAUCACUGACGAUACGUUGCGAAUCCAGUACGCAAAUCGGGCAAGUGAAAGAGUCCUGAACAUGAAACUGGACGAAAUCGUUGGCAGAUCUCUCAGCGACAUGGUGACGGCUGAUAUUAGCAACAUUUUAUCUCAUACCAGUAGACAUAAGGAUUACGAAGGGUACAUCAGCACUCGUCGAAAAUCACAGGAAACGCUGCAUCUUCACGUCCGCGCCGUACCUGUCUCCUGUAUAGGAAGAAGUCCCACCCAUUUGGUUCUAAUUUUGGAAUCGCCUGCUGCCGGAACCACCCUGACGGCACUUGCCAGCGAUGCCUUGCAAACGCUUCCCCAGGGCAAGGAGAUGGCUCGAGGUUCGCUGCAUUCGAUUCGACGUGGCAGUUUUGACGUCCGCUCCAUAGCUUCCGACGGUUUACGCCGUACCAGUUUGGCCAAAUUGUCUCAGCUUCCACUGGAGGCACCUAUCACCAAGGUUCUAAGCUUGCUAACUCAAGUUCAGGAGAGUUGCUCCCAUGAAGAGGUUAAACUACUGGACCGGGUGAUGGAGUUUCUCAAAAGGGAAGGACUCUACAGUCCCCAGAUGAAGGAAAUGCGCACCGAAGAUCCGGUAGCAACGGACCUUAUAGGAGCGUUGUUGACGCAAGGACCUACAAACACAAUAUCGUCUCGGAGAAGUUCGAACGAUUCGAUCAUUCGAGGCGGAGGACGACCGUCCACCGGCAGCAUCGUGUUUACCAAAUCCAGAGAAUCUUCACAACUGUCCGAAUUACUAAACAGUGCAUUGGCCUGGGAUUUUGAGAUAUUUAAGCUGGAAGAACUGACGGAAAAGCGACCGCUCGUUUGUUUAGGUCUUGAACUUUUGCGGAGAUUCGACGUUUACAAUACCUUUUGCUGUGAUGAAAUGACUUUCAAACUAUGGCUUAUCAAAAUGGAAGAGUAUUACAAGGCAGAAAACACAUAUCACAACAGUACACACGCCGCGGAUGUGAUGCAGGCGACAGCGUGCUAUCUGCAACAGUUGGCCACCCGCGAGAUCAAGGUGAUGGACCGGAUGGACGAAGCCACCGCUCUAAUAGCGGCAGCAACCCAUGACAUUGAGCACCCCGGUCGCUCGUCGGCAUUCCUGUGUAACUCCGACCAUGAGCUGGCUCUGCUGUACAACGACAAUUGCGUACUAGAAUCACACCACGCGGCAACUACCUUCAAGUUGACGCUUAACGAUGACAAGGUCAAUAUCUUCAAAAAUCUUGACCGAGAAAUGUACAAACUAGCUCGUCAAAUUAUCGUCGACAUGAUCCUGGCCACGGAGAUGACCCGACACUUUGAACACUUGGCCAAGUUUGUGAGUGUGUUCGGAACGGACGUGGACGGCAGGGAUUCAUCGCACGAGAACGACGAGAACCAGGUUCUAGUGCGAAGGAUGUUAAUCAAGUGUGCCGACGUCAGCAAUCCAACCCGACCGCUGAAAUUCUGCGUCGAAUGGGCCCGCCGAAUUGCGGAGGAGUACUUCACCCAAACGGACGAGGAAAAGCGAAGAAAUUUGCCGAUUGUUAUGCCUAUGUUUGACCGGACGACUUGCAGCAUUUCCAAGAGUCAGAUCGGAUUUAUCGAAUAUAUCAUUCACGACAUGAUGGAUGCAUGGAACAGUUUCAUUGAUAUGCCCGAAAUCAUUCGCUACAUGGAACACAACUACUCCAAAUGGAAGCUGUUCGAAGAGCAGGGCAUAAACACGCUGAACGACAUCAAGCGGAUGCAGCUCACGCUCAACGCCGAGGCGGCCGGCUCGUCCUCGAUAGAAGAACUCCCGUAGGUACGUCAGAAAAAAGAAGCUUCGAGUGUCUGGAAAGUCCCUUCCCAGAUUCGGUUUGUUCAAUUAAAGCAGCCAUACAUGUAUCUAAACAUAUAUAUUUGAUAGGCAUUUGUCGAUAUCGCAGCGCGAGCAAUGUUUUAGUCUUAUUUUUUCUCCAACUCAUUAAAGCACAUUUGGUGGUUAAAAGUUGUGCCAGGAGAAGAAAAUUAUAUUUCCAAGCAUAGAUUCCCUGGAGCCAACUUUUCUUGUGAGCUCUUUUUUGCUUGCUGAUGUCGGGUAGUUUUCUUCGAUAAAUUGGAAGGCCCAUAAUGAUACAUGCUUACGGUCCUCGGUUCCAGACAACAGGAAGAUGGAGUGGAAAAUUGUCUGAAGCAAAACAUAACUUUCUACUGCCUUACAACAGAAAAAGUUUGACACGCAACAAGAGUGUACGUGCGGAAGAUUCUAUCGGUAUUAAAAUUUUGUGGCGGAGAUAGAAUUUGGCAAACAACUUAGAAACGCUAGUAAAAGAUUUUUUCUGAGAAUUCAAUUCAAUAUUUUAUGCUCUUGAAAUAAUUUUGAUGUAUUUGGCUUCCGCGAAGAACACAUUCUGAGUCUAGCCGCGUGAUAUUAAAUCAGUUGGAAAUAAUGCAGAUCCUAUAAAGCUCUUGUUGUGAUUCAGGAUCGUAGCAAACGAAAAGGUACACAAAGUCCUAUUCAUUUAUCUGUUUUGAUUUUGAAUUCUUUUUGUAUUUCAUCGAAACUACCCGAGAACUGUAGUAACGUUCUCGUUGUCUUCCAGAUUUUUUUCAAAGCUACUAUAGAUUUGUGAGUGAAUUAUACUAAGUGUCAUAGAAUCCACACAACAACCAUAAAUGUUUCACAAUGUUCUUACCGCACCUCUUCUCUCUUCGAAGUAUGUGUCUAACGAAAAAAUAAACCGAAUGUAAAGAUUAACAAAUUUAAUUUUGCAGUUUAAUAAAUGGUUCGAACUGUGCUACCAUAAAGACUAUAAGGCGAAUCAUAACACAAAUGUGAAGCUAAAUCAAUGUUUGCAGGGUCGAGACAAAUUUAUACUGUAGACAAAAGAAAAUUGUAUUCAGUGGCUUACCCAACCAAUUAAUUAGUGUUUUUGGAAACCCCACUAUAGAUAAAACCCCCGAAAGACACCGACAAAGGUUGAGCCAAUUUAGAUGGAAAUUGUAAAAGAUAACGAAAACCCAAUCUCGGUAUGUUCGUACACCCUUUAAAGUACGAAAGCUGGUUGCUGUUUUCUCCAAUCGUCUAGCUAGGAAUAAAUGUAACGUUACUAUUUACUAUUCCCGAUAUCGUCUUCACAAUCGAAAAAAGAAUGGUUUCACUAACUUUGUGGAACGUUCUUGUAUAGUAGAAAAAAGUAACCAUUAGAAAGGAUACAUUUUACUGUGUAUACACGCGAAACACACACAUACACAAAUUGAUGUUUUAAUAUGAUCAUCGCUCCGAACGAACUGCGGGCGGGCACAAAAGGAUUCCCUGCAGAACAGGAAAACGUUGAUUGAACCAAACAAACCACGACUUGAACCAACUAAACUUUAAAAAAAAUGUGUGUGUUCGUGUUUAUGUUUGUGCUAGACUAAAACUAAUACACUAUUUCUCUGAUAUGCUGGCCAUAUCACUUUUACACACUUGAUUAAAUGUCAUUACUGUACCAGUGGAUGAGAUUGAACCGAGAGAGAAUGGUUUUUUUUUUCAAUCUAUACAAAAACAAUAACGAUGUUAACUGAUUGUAAGUCAUAUAUAUAUAUAUAUAUAUAUAUAUAUAUAUAUAUAUAUAUAUAUAUAUAUAUAUAUAUAGACACCCAAAAAAUGUAGUAGAAAGUACGGUGAAACAAAACAAUAUGAUUUGUUUGUCAACAUAAGCAGCUGAACAACUACAAGAAAACAUAAAUAUACAUUUAGAAAAGAAUCAUCGUAAACACUAGAGCCUAAUAUUUAAAUUAAAUUAAAACAGAUUAAUAAAGGCAAAGGCAAGAGAGUAGCAAAAAUUCGAUCCAACCGGGGAGAACAAAAACAACUCUCAUAAUAGCAACAAUAGUCUAAUUCCGGAAUAAACGCUAGAUGUUCUAUUGAAUCUGAAAACACUAACACUGUGCUAAUGUACGCGCGUAAAUAGGAAAAGAGAUCAAUGCAAAAAGAGAAGAGAAUAAAAACUAACAAAGUCGUAGAAAUCUAAUUCUACAAUAAAGAGAUUGAUGAGUGAAA